AUGGGAGACAUGUCGAACAGCGAUUUUUACGCCAAGAACCAAAGAAAUGACAGCGACCAGGUGGCCGGCUUCGGCUGCUCGGUCAUGGAGCUGCGCUCGUUGAUGGAGCUGCGGAGCACAGAGGCGGUGGUCAAGAUCCAGGAGGACUACGGGGAUAUUGAGGGAAUGUGCACACGCCUGCUAACCUCACCCACAGAAGGUCUCACGGGUGACCAAGACGACCUGGACAAGAGAAAAGAAAUAUUUGGGAAAAACCUGAUACCUCCAAAGAAGCCAAAAACCUUCCUGCAGCUGGUAUGGGAGGCCCUGCAGGACGUCACCCUCAUCAUCCUGGAGGUUGCUGCACUGAUCUCCCUGGGCCUUUCCUUCUACCAGCCUCCCGGAGACAGCACCGGAGCGUACUGUGGCGCAGCGGCAACGGGGGGCGAGGACGAGGGCGAGGCGGAAGCUGGCUGGAUCGAGGGUGCGGCCAUCCUGUUGUCUGUGGUGUGUGUGGUGCUGGUUACCGCCUUCAAUGAUUGGUCGAAGGAGAAGCAGUUCCGUGGGCUGCAGAACCGCAUCGAGCAGGAGCAGAAGUUCCAGGUGGUCCGCGGUGGCCAGGUUAUACAGCUGCCCGUGGCUGAAAUAGUGGUGGGGGAUAUCGCUCAAAUCAAAUACGGUGAUCUGCUUCCAGCUGAUGGUGUGUUGAUCCAGGGCAAUGACCUGAAGAUCGAUGAGUCAUCACUGACCGGAGAGUCAGACCACGUCAAGAAGGAGGCGAACAGGGACCCCAUGCUGUUGUCUGGGACUCAUGUGAUGGAGGGGUCAGGGCGCAUGGUGGUGACUGCCGUCGGUGAGAAUUCUCAGACUGGCAUCAUCUUCACGCUGCUUGGGGCCAGUACAGAAGAAGAAGAGAAGAAAGAAAAGAAAGAUCGGGCAGCGGAAGAAGUUCACCGGAAUACAGACUGCUCCCAUCCCCCUAUCCACCCUAUCGCAACUAUAGCCACGGAUGGGGCUGCAGGCAUUAAUGCCCCUGGCAGUGGCAGCCUAAUUAAUGGUAAAAUGCAAGAUGGCAAUAUGGAGAGCAACCAGAUAAAAGUGAAGAAGCAGGACGGAGCAGCUGCCAUGGAGAUGCAGCCUCUGAAGAGUGCUGAAGGAGGAGAGACCGAAGAAAAAGAGAAGAAGAAGCAUUCCGGCUCGAAGAAGGAGAAGUCCGUGCUGCAGGGGAAGUUGACCAAACUCGCCGUCCAGAUUGGGAAAGCAGGUUUGCUCAUGUCGGCCAUCACAGUCAUCAUCCUCGUCCUGUACUUCUGCAUCGACACCUUUGUAUUGCAAGGGCUCCAGUGGUUACCAGAGUGCACUCCCGUUUACAUCCAGUACUUUGUCAAGUUCUUUAUCAUCGGUGUCACGGUGUUGGUGGUGGCCGUGCCGGAGGGGCUGCCGCUGGCCGUCACCAUUUCCCUAGCGUAUUCUGUCAAGAAAAUGAUGAAAGACAACAACCUGGUGCGUCACCUGGAUGCGUGCGAGACGAUGGGCAACGCCACCGCUAUCUGCUCUGACAAGACAGGCACGCUGACCACCAACCGCAUGACGGUCGUGCAGUGUUAUGUUGCAGAUGUGCACCACAAAUUAAUCCCAGACCCUGGAGUCCUGCCACCCAAAACACUCGACAUACUGGUCAAUUCCAUCGCACUCAACAGCGCCUAUACCUCCAAGAUACUGCCCCCAGAUAAGGAAGGAGGUCUGCCGAAGCAGGUGGGCAACAAGACAGAGUGCAGCCUGCUGGGAUUGGUUCUGAGCCUGAAGCGGGAUUACCAGACACCAAGAAACCAGAUGCCAGAGGAGAAGCUUUACAAAGUCUACACCUUCAACUCUGUCAGGAAGUCCAUGAGCACCGUCAUCAAACUGCCUGAUGGGAGCUUCCGUAUGUACAGCAAAGGAGCCUCUGAGAUUGUCCUCAAAAAAUGCAGCCAUAUUCUGAACGAGGUGGGGGAGUCGAGGGUUUUCCGUCCUCGGGACAAGGAUGAGAUGGUGAAGAAAGUGAUUGAGCCCAUGGCGUGUGACGGCCUGAGGACCAUCUGUGUGGGGUACCGCGACUUCUCCGGCAAUCCUGAGCCAAACUGGGAGGAUGAGAACAACAUUCUAACUGACCUCACAGCCAUCUGUGUCGUGGGGAUAGAGGAUCCCGUCAGGCCAGAGGUGCCUGAUGCCAUCCAGAAGUGCCAGCGUGCAGGCAUCACCGUGCGCAUGGUGACGGGAGACAACAUUAACACAGCCAGGGCCAUAGCCAUCAAGUGCGGCAUCAUUCACCCGGGAGAAGACUUCCUGUGUAUUGAUGGCAAAGAGUUUAAUAGGAGGAUCCGCAACGAGAAAGGAGAGGUGGAGCAGGAACGUAUGGACAAGCUUUGGCCUAAACUCCGAGUUCUGGCCAGAUCCUCCCCAACCGACAAACACACACUUGUCAAAGGAAUCAUUGACAGCACUAUGACAGCGCAGAGGCAGGUGGUGGCUGUGACAGGAGACGGGACCAAUGACGGACCUGCUCUGAAGAAAGCUGACGUCGGCUUCGCCAUGGGUCUUGCUGGUACAGAUGUGGCCAAGGAAGCAUCAGAUAUCAUCCUGACCGACGACAACUUCAGCAGCAUCGUCAAGGCGGUGAUGUGGGGCCGAAACGUCUACGACAGUAUCUCCAAGUUUCUUCAGUUCCAGCUCACUGUCAACGUUGUGGCCGUCAUAGUCGCUUUCACCGGCGCCUGCAUCACACAGGACUCUCCUCUGAAGGCAGUGCAGAUGUUGUGGGUGAACCUUAUCAUGGACACUUUUGCAUCCCUGGCUCUGGCAACUGAGCCUCCCACAGAGUCUCUACUAAAGAGGAAGCCAUACGGUCGCAACAAGCCCCUCAUCUCCAGCACCAUGACGAAGAACAUCCUGGGACACGCGAUCUACCAGCUCAUCAUCAUCUUCACUCUUCUCUUUGUUGGCGAGAAAAUCUUUGAUAUCGACAGCGGCCGUAACGCACCUCUCCACUCUCCUCCAUCCGAGCACUACACCAUCAUUUUCAACACCUUUGUGAUGAUGCAACUGUUUAAUGAGAUAAACGCUCGAAAAAUCCACGGAGAGAGGAACGUGUUUGACGGUAUCUUCAGGAACCCCAUCUUCUGCACGAUUGUUUUUGGCACCUUUGUUAUGCAGAUUAUAAUUGUGCAGUUAGGGGCGAAGCCAUUCAGUUGUAAACCUCUGGACAUGGAAAAGUGGAUGUGGUGUGUUUUCCUCGGACUGGGAGAGCUAAUCUGGGGCCAGGUCAUAUCCACCAUACCCAACAGCAGGUUGCGUUUCCUGCGGAGGGCCGGCCAGUUGAGCAAGAAAGAUAAUUUACCAGAAGAGGAUGCAAAUGAGGAUAAUGAGGAGAUUGACCAUGCAGAGAGGGAGCUGAGGAGAGGACAGAUCCUCUGGUUCAGAGGACUCAAUCGUAUUCAGACUCAGAUCCGCGUUGUGAAUGCAUUCCGCAGCUCCCUCUAUGAAGGCCUGGAAAAACCCGAUUCCAGAACAUCCAUCCACAACUUCAUGACACACCCAGAAUUUACGAUAGAAGACUCCACGCCCAGUAUCCCCCUCAUCGACGACACGGACGAAGACUCGGCUCGGAGGAAGAAGAUCUACUCCAGCCAGCCCUCGUCCCCCAACAAGAACAACAAUGCCAUCGACAGUGGCAUCAACCUCACCAUCGACACCAGUAAAUCGGCGGCUUCCUCCGGCCCCGCCAGCCCUCUGCACAGCCUGGAGACCAGCCUCUAA